GAGAAAUAUACCUAAAUUCACCAUAAAUCACCAGCGUUUUUGCUGUGCCAUUGAAAAAAUAUCUGAAACAUACCCACGCACAAUUGUUGGGAAUCUGAGGGCUGCCUAUCACCCUGAGACGAGUUCUCCCGACUACUAGACGCCAUGUUGGUCCCGGAGCCGCGCAUGCGCGUAACUGGGAACCAACAUGGCGUCUAGUCCGGAGAACUCGUCUCAGGAGGCUGUAGAAAGCGCGGCAGAAGUAAAGGAAGCCUCAGAGCACCUUAGAGAGAACCUGGUUGACGUGGCGGUGAAAUUUCUCAACAAUCCUCGGGUGAUAGGCAGCCCUCUUGAGCAAAAGAAAGUCUUCCUGCAAAAGAAAGGUUUGAGUGAUUCAGAGAUCGAAGAAGCAGUCAGACUUUCUCAACUGUCACCACCAACCCACCACCACACCUCUCCUCUUCCCCCUAGCACACCCUCACAACUCUCUCCCUUCACCACUCACACACUCCCACCUCCUCAUCACAGAACCUGGAGAGACUAUGCGCUAGUUGUAGCCGUCGUUGGCGGGAUUAGCUACGCCCUCUACAAAUUCUUCAAGGGCUAUGCCAUUCCGUGGUUGAGCUGGCGACUGGAGCAGAGCGAGAGGGCGGAGGAGACGAGCGAGGCUGUGAGACAGCUCCAGACCAACCUGGACACAACCGUUUCUGGAAUCAGAGAAACUACUGCUUCCAUUAGAGAUAUUCUAACAGAGCAACGCGAGGAGAUGCAAGCCAUUGCUGCAAAAGUUACUGCACUUCAGGUCAGUGUCCCCGGUUCAGGGUUAGCUGUAAACGAAAUUAGAGACGAAGUGGCUUCUCUGAAAGGACUCCUACUCAACAGACAUCAAUUUCCCACUCCGACCACUAGUCACCCAGCUAGAGGAAUACCGGCAUGGCAACGGAGCACACAACAACAACAACAGGAUCAACAACAGGAUAUAGUUGGGGACACAAAGACAGAGAGCAAAGUACUUGUUAACAGUGGAGUAAAAAUACGAAGAGGAUUAGAGACGUCGAUUCAACUUCAGAGACAGUUGCAGUACUUGCUUUAUUGGAGCUAACAGUUUUUCAAACAGCAGUAGUACUAUUUCAUGGGGUAAUAUUGUUGCAGUCCCCCAACAUAAUGUACACCCUUCGCGCUCACAGGAAGCAAGGAGCACGUUUGACCUUUGAUGAAAGGUUU